CAAUUCCAUCCUAUAUAUAUACCAUAAUAAUCUUAACACUUUCUAAAUCUAACUUUGCAUUGUUUUUGGGUAAGUCAACCCCAGCUGCUUGAAACUGAACUACUUAGCUUAGUUUCUUCCUCCCCAUUGACGCCGCACCAUGCAGCCGGCAUUACUCAUUCUGUCAUUUCUCCUCUUUCUUCUUUCAAACUACAAUUCCUUAGCUUCUCAAUUUUGCGAUUCCAGCAAACUCACCUCUGACCUCUCUGUUAUUCCCAUCUAUGGCAAAUGCUCGCCUAUCCACAAUCCAGACUCUUCUUCUUCAUGGGUCAACACUGUCAUGAACAUGGCAGUCAAGGAUCCUCAGAGGCUCUCCUACUUGUCGAGCCUCACGGCCCAAAAGCCCGGUGCCAACGUCCCCGUUGCUUCAGCCCAGAAUGUCCUCAACGUCGGCAACUAUGUAGUUCGGGCCAAGAUUGGGACUCCGGGCCAGACCAUGUUUAUGGUCUUGGAUACCAGCAGUGAUAAUGCUUGGGUCCCGUGCAGCGGUUGCGUCGGUUGCUCCUCUUCCACUGUCUUUGCGCCCAAUGCAUCUGCAACUUUCGGGCCUGUCGGGUGCUCUGUGCUCGAAUGCACUAUGGUCCGCGGGCUUUCGUGCCCGGCGGACGGUUCUGGAGUUUGUAAUUUUAACCAAUCAUAUGGCGGAGAUUCAUCGUUCUCCGCCACGUUGUAUCGGGAUGCCCUUGGAUUGGCGCAGGAUGUCAUCCCGAACUAUGCUUUGGGAUGCAUCAACGCCGUUUCGGGCCCAAAUAUCCCGACCCAAGGGUUGUUGGGCUUGGGUCGGGGCUCAAUGUCUCUUCUUUCCCAAGCGGGGGCGCUUUAUUCAGGUGUAUUCUCUUACUGUUUACCCAGUUUCAAAUCCUACUACUUCUCUGGUUCGCUCCGGCUCGGACCAGUUGGUCAACCGAAGACAAUAAAAACAACUCCGCUGCUCAGGAACCCGCACCGGCCUUCAUUGUAUUACGUGAACCUGACGGGGGUAAGUGUGGGCAGACUCCGUGUACCCAUUGCCGCAGAGCACCUUAGCUUCAACCCGAACACCGGGUCGGGCACCGUCAUCGACUCCGGUACCGUCAUAAGCCGGUUCGUUGAACCGGCUUAUGCAGCGAUUCGAGAGGCAUACAAGAAGCAAGUGGCGGGGCCGUUCAGCGCCUUGGGCGCAUUCGAUACAUGUUUUGCGGUGACACAAGAGUCAACGUCACCGACCAUUACCUUUCACUUUGAAGGAAUGGAUUUGAAGUUACCAAUGGAGAAUACAUUGAUUCACAGUAGCUAUGGGAACUUGGCUUGCUUAGCUAUGGCAGCAGCUCCGGAUAAUGUGAACUCUGUGCUGAACGUGAUCGCCAAUCUACAGCAGCAGAACCUUAGGGUUUUCUUUGACACCGUCAACUCUCGCCUGGGGAUUGCUCGUGAAAUAUGCAACUAAAUUGUAUGAAUUCAAAAGUGCUUCUGGUCUAUCCUAAGUAAUUAGACCAGCUAAAUGGCAUUGUGUUUGUAAUUGUAAGUUAUGCGUUAUUUGUCAGUCCGCUUUAAACUAUUUAUAAAUUCAAAUAAUUUCAAAACUCCACUAUAGCCAUAUGAAGAAAAAAAGUUUAAUCCUCCGUUUCAAAAGCAUUGAAGGA